UGAAGUCCCAGGAAUCCCGGGUCCAGGGCCAGAAACAUCUCAAUCAGGAGCAGAAACAUGGACCACAGUGCAGAGAAAGCUGCAGCCAAUGCCGAGGUGCCCCAGGAACUGCUGGAAGAAAUGCUUUGGUAUUUUCGUGCAGAAGAUGCGGCUCCUUGGAAUUAUUCCAUCCUGGUCCUGGCAGUCCUGGUGGUCAUGACAAGCAUGUUCCUCCUGAGAAGGAGCAUCCUGGCAAACAGAAAUCGAAAGAAGCAGCCACAAGACAAAGAAACACCAGAAGACCUGCAUCUUGAUGACUCCAUAAUGAAAGAGAACAACAGCCAGGUCUUCCUAAGAGAGACAUUGAUCUCAGAGAAACCAGACUUGGCCCCGGGGGAACCUGAGUUGAAAGAGAAAGACUCAUCACUUGUCUUUCUGCCAGACCCACAGGAAACAGAGAGCUAGGGAGCGUUGAGAGUACCCCAUAACGCCCCAUAACGCCGCCUAAC